CACACACACACACACACAAAUACACAGAAAAGAACCAUGGGUCACCUAUGUCAACUUCUUUGACUUGGAAUAUGGCAUCCUCAGUGCAGUACCGGAUAUCAGCUGCUGUUAUGAGAUCAACUCCGCCUCCAAUGCAAGCACUGUGGACAAGGCUGAUGACUGGUUUUAAACACUGAAAUAUAAAAAGUACAAACCAACACAAUGGCUGUAUAAAAGCAUUUUGAAAAACACCAAGCAAGCAAGAAAAGAGAAGAGUGUAAAUUAAAUAAAACAAGAAAGAUUUUAAGAAGUUAAAAUAAAUAGAAAUGUGGAAAAUACGGAAACUAUCUUGGAUGAUGUCAAUAAACAAAGCACUGGGCUGUGAUCCAUGUUUUAUGUUGGAGAAAGAGUGGUUAAUGAAGCUCCUAAUAGAUUCAGAAACGCCCCUAAACACCCGGCUAUCAGCGAAAUACAAGAGGAGUUUUGCCUAUCUGUCAAUGAAAGAUAGAGCUCCACUAGCUCUGACAAAAGUGAUUGACUAUUUAGUCAGGGACAAACGGGGCAUUGAAAAGACUUAUGGACCAGGUGCCAUUGAAGAGGUGAAGUGUGCUAUUGGAGAGUUGUCACAGUUGAAAAACCAUUUACAGACGUCCAAACCUUUUGAAAAUUUUAUUUCAAAGGACCCAGACACGACGACCUGGAACCAGCACCUCGAAGCUAGGGAGCUUCAUAAUGAAGUAAACAAUUACUACGAAUCGGACUGGCUUUUUGCAGAAUGUUACCUGUACAGGAGAAUCAGAGAAUCAUUUGCCACAAAGAAGCUGAUUUGCUCGAUUGAUCCUUUUUCGGUUCAAAAGACCCAAGUUUUGGACAGCGCUUUGGAUAUUAUGGAACCAAUGUUUUGUUAUUUGUACCAAUCAAAACUGAUGGACAAACAAACCGUUCUUCCAAAAGAUGAUCUAGUAAAUGAGUGCGUUCGGUUGCUGAAGUGGUGUUUAUGGGCAAACAAAAUAGAUCUGUCUUUCAAGCCAGAUCUACAGGAAGGCGGUAACAUAGCAGAUGCUUUUCUUAAAAUAGAUCAAUGGGACAACAAAAUUGUCAUUGAUAAUUCUGAAAAAGUUGGUUUGUGUUGCAUUGAACCAGGGUACAAAAAAGUAGUGGACAUAGUUAUGGACAAUGCAGGAUUGGAAAUGCUUUGUGACAUGACUCUGGCAGACUUUUUAAUAUCAAAGUGUGGUGUCGAUUUGGUAAAUUUCCACGUUAAACCAAUUCCCUGGUUUGUUUCUGAUGUCAUAAUUAGAGAUUUCAUGCAAGGUGUUGAGUCGAUUGCAAAAUCGGAACGGAAACAUUUCAAAAAUAUUGGAUUAAGAUGGCAACAUUAUUUGGAUAAAGGCGUUUGGAAGUUGCAUGCAGAUACUUAUUGGUGCCUUGGCCUGCCAUAUCAGUUGAUGGAAGAGACUGAUCCAUCAUUGUACAAAAAGCUUUCAAGAUCAUCUCUGAUUAUAUUCAAAGGAGAUCUUAACUACAGGAAACUUGUUCGAGACAUAAACUGGGAGCCCUCCACACCCUUUGAAAAAGUGCUUGAUUGUUUCCGCCCAGCACCGCUCGUCACAUUACGAACUCUAAAGGCAGCCACCGUCUGUGGCAUGAACGAACAAAAAGCCGAGGAAUUGGAUGAAAAUGAUCCAAAUUGGUGGACGAGUGGAAACUAUGCACUUAUACAGUACUGUCCCGAUGUGUAAAAAGUCUUUUAACCAUGUUUUUAUUCAUGCUGUUCUGUGAUCCCCUAUUAUUAUUUUUUUUUUAAUCUAUUAAAACACUUUCUCUUAUUUUUAA